GGCUCCCCGCUCCUCCCGGCCGGAGCGAGGCAGCAUCGCCGAAACCCGCCCGGCCGCAGCUGCGGUACGGCGGUGAGCGCCCGCCCGGGGCCGGCCGCCGCAGCUCCCUUCAGAUGGCUGAGAACACCGCCAGGAGCCUGCAGGACACCCCCGGCUCUUUCCCUGAUGAAAACGAGUUUCCCUUCGGGUACCCCACCAGCAUUUGCGAGGACGUGCCCGGCCAGAAGUUCCUGUGCAGCAACUGCAACAACAUCCUGAAGAAAGCCCUGCAGACGCUGUGUGGGCACAGGUACUGCUCCGCCUGCCUCACCUGGAUCGUUCGAAACAAUAAAAACGCAAUUUGCCAGAAAUGUAAAGAGGAAGAUCCCAACACUUUAGGCGAGGAAAGCCUGUUGGCAGAAGAGAGGGCUUUUGGGGAUGCUGCCAUCAAUAAAGAGAUUUCUGAACUCCGAGUCCACUGCGUGACCCUUGGGUGCAGCUGGUCUGGGAUCAUGAAAGAUUUUGAAGAGCAUCAGAGUUUGUGUGAAUACGCUUUGAUCCCUUGUCACACUGGCUGUGGGCACGUGGUGAUGAGGAGGAAGCUGGCAGAUCACUUGGAAAACGGAUGUGUCAAUAAUGUGAGAGUGUGUCAGCAGUGCCAGCGCAGCCUGGCCAGCUCUGAAUACCAGGAGCAUUCGUGUGAAGGCAGUUUAUGCCAGGAACAAAAACCUGUGCAAACAGAAGCAGCAUCAGAGGAAAAGAGCCGCUCCUCAGCCAGCAAGGAUGGGUGUUGUUUCUCUGAAGUUGGCUGUGCAUUUCGGGGAAGCAAAGAGAAGAUGAAGGAGCACGAAAAAUCCGCGCUGGGGGCCCACAUGCUGCUCCUGCUGCAGCGCAUGAGGCAGCUGCAGGGCAGCCUGUGCAGAGCUGCACAGGGCCUCGCCCCACAGCCAGAGCCGAACACGGGGGGCGCAGGAAAAAGCGUCCCUGAGCUGCAGAGCCCUGCAGGGCUGGAAUUCAGCAGGGAUCCAGAGGUGGACUCCUUCCCUGGAUCGUCUGUUCCUGGGGAUGAGUCUGUCCUGCAGCAGCUCGUGAGGGAGAAGGUGAUUUCUGAGCUGGAAAACAAGCUGCACGUGUUUGAGAACAUCGUGGCGGUGCUCAACAAGGAGGUGGAGAGCUCUAACCUGGAAAUCCUGGCCUUCAGGAGACAGAGUGAACUGGACCAGAACAUAAUACGGGGCCUUGAACUGAAGAUUGCAGAGUUGCACCGGUGCCUGAUGCAGAAGGACGCGGGCCUGAGCAGCCUGCACAAGAGCCUGCUGUUCUCUGAGCAAGCCUCCUACGAUGGGAUCUUCCUCUGGAAAAUCACAGAGGUUGGCAGGAAGCUCCAGGACUCUGUGACUGGCAGGACGGUCAGUUUGUACUCCCCAGCUUUCUACACCGCAAAGUACGGCUACAAGGUGUGUCUGAGGGUGUACCUGAACGGGGAUGGGACAGGGAAAGGAACCCACCUGUCCCUGUUCUUCGUUGUCAUGAAAGGAGACUACGACGCUCUGCUGCCGUGGCCUUUCAGGCACAAGGUGACGUUUAUGUUGCUUGACCAGAACAACAGGGAGCACGUCAUCGAUGCCUUCCGCCCAGACCUGACCUCUGCUUCGUUCCAGAGGCCCGUGAAUGACAUGAACGUGGCCAGUGGCUGCCCCAUGUUCCUGCCCUUGUCCAAGCUGCAGUCCCCCAAGCACGCCUACGUGAAGGAGGACACGCUCUUCCUCAAGUGCAUCAUAGAAACAAACUAGCGGGCCCGGAGACACGCCUGCCUGGGGAACUCACCACCAGUGUCAGGAGAUGAUGAGGAAAACCCCAUCCGUUCAGGCCUUGUGUUAGUCUGUGUGUACACAAAACCCCCAGAGGCUGAGCCUGCGCGCCCUGAACCCGCUGCCGUCACCUGGAGGUGCUGGAAUGGGAAUAUCUCCCCAGAGCAGCCAGUUCUCAUGGCCUGGGUGUCACUGUCACCCCUGCCCCAUGGGUGGAGAAGGGGCUGGUCCUGCUCACAGCUGCCCUGGCUGUGGCUCUGCGGGCUGGGGCUGAAUUCCCUUCCCUUCCCUUCCCUUCCCUUCCCUUCCCUUCCCUUCCCUUCCCUUCCCUUCCCUUCCCUUCCCUUCCCUUCCCUUCCCUUCCCUUCCCUUCCCUUCCCUUCCCUUCCCUUCCCUUCCCUUCCCUGGGGAUUGGGGAGGCUGAGCCCAUCCUGGGGCCGUGCCCAGCUCCCAUAUCCCGGGAUUGGGGAGGCUGAGCCCAUCCUGGGGCAGUCCCUGCUCCCAUAUCCCGGGAUUGGGAAGGCUGAGCCCAUCCUGGGGCAGUCCCUGCUCCCAUAUCCCGGGAUUGGAGGGGCUGAGCCCAUCCUGGGGCCGUGCCCAGCUCCCAUAUCCCGGGAUUGGGGAGGCUGAGCCCAUCCUGGGGCGGUGCCCAGCUCCCAUAUCCCGGGAUUGGGGAGGCUGAGCCCAUCCUGGGGCCGUGCCCAGCUCCCAUAUCCCAGGAUUGGGAAGGCUGAGCCCAUCCUGGGGCGGUGCCCAGCUCCCAUAUCCCGGGAUUGGGGAGGCUGAGCCCAUCCUGGGGCGGUGCCCAGCUCCCAUAUCCCGGGAUUGGAGGGGCUGAGCCCAUCCUGGGGCGGUGCCCAGCUCCCAUAUCCCGGGAUUGGGGAGGCUGAGCCCAUCCUGGGGCCGUGCCCAGCUCCCAUAUCCCGGGAUUGGGGAGGCUGAGCCCAUCCUGGGGCCGUGCCCAGCUCCCAUAUCCCGGGAUUGGGGAGGCUGAGCCCAUCCUGGGGCGGUGCCCAGCUCCCAUAUCCCGGGAUUGGAGGGGCUGAGCCCAUCCUGGGGCCGUGCCCAGCUCCAUCCCGGGAGCUCUGGGGUGAGCUCCUGGGACACUGCCCUGGCUGGCAGCCCCGGGGUGGAUUUUGGCUGCUCCCCAGCAGGAAGAAGGGCGGAUCCUUCCCCCGAGGCUCGGAUCAGGUCUCUCUGCGCUUCCCCGUGACCCUGGAGGCCGGGAGCUGUGGCCGGCGCUGCAGUCCCUCACCCCGGGGGAUUCAUUUCUCGCUAUUUAUUCUCUGUUGAUGUGCUCUGUGAGGAGGUGCCGUGUUGCAGCAGCACACAGCGAGCAGGUUACGCUGUGCCUUGGGGGAAUUACCUCCAGGAUUUCCAAAGGAGCCCUUGGGCUUGCCCCGUGUGGAUCCAGAGCUCUGCUCCAGGCAGGGUGAGGUCCCCUCAGUGGUCUGGUUUGGUGUCCCGUCCCCUUCAAGGCAGGUGACUUAUUAAAAAUUAUUGAUUUUUUUUUUCUUAAUGUGCUCUGAUGUUUAAGGUUUUGUUUUGUUUUGUUUUUAAUGCUAAAAUACAACUAACUGCUAGAAAUGGGUUUUAUUCUUUUUGGGUUUCCUAACAGAGGGAAGGAAUUUUUUUUUUUUUUUUUUUUUUUAAUUUAAUAAGCGAGGCAAGCUCAGGACUGUCUGGAUGUGUGCAAAAUCUCUCACUUCUGUCUUGGCAACAGCCUUUUAAAUAAUUGGUUGUGAUAAAGCAUCACAUUUCAAAAACAUCCUCCCCAUAACCAAAUAUUUAUCAAAGCUCAUUUGGGAAGGAACUGGAUAUUCUGUGUGUCUUUUCCUCUAUUCCAUCUUUCAGGGACAGAAAGUGAUUUUCCCAGCAAUGUGCCAGCCCCUGUCACCACACUGGAGAAAUUUUCCUAGGUUUUAUUUUGCUUUUCCUGUCUGUAUCACUUUGACCAGCUGUAUUUAUUACAAUCGUUCAUAUUUUCUUACAAUUUUAUUUAUUUCCUGAAUAAAUCUCGCUAGCUGAAGG